AUGCCAGCUGUGCUACGAUCAAGAUCAAAACAACCAGAGGCUUCACCACAGCCUGCUGCUCAAGUACGUAGGCGAAAGAGAAGAACAACUGAAGAUGAAGAAGAUAUCGACCUGUUGGAAGAUUCAGAUACUGCCACCAAUAAUAGACCUUUUGAAAUGAUAGGAGAUCUACCAUCAUCUGUAAGCAUACCAAAUUAUAAUUCUGCAUUGACACAUCCUCUUUCGGUGAAGGAUUCCUCAGUAUUGUACAAUUCUCUGAGAAUUUCCAGAAAUACUUGGAUCAAAGGAGAAAUGUUUGAGAGUUAUUGGAAAAGACCUUUAAUUACUGGCGUAAACAAUAAUAACGUCCCUACCAUCAAGGAUAAGAUGCAAAGGAUGUGUGAAUGCACACUUCUGGGAGGCCCACACGAAUUCAAAGUAAGAUUACAUAUUCUUAAGGAUGACGCCAUUGAACAAAAGUGGCAAGAAGAAGAAGACUCAAAGAAGAAAGCGGUUAAAGAAAGAAGAAAGAUGGAAUUAGAAGCAAAGAAGAAAAGGAUUGAAGAAAGAAAACAGAAGCAACUCUUGAAAAAACAAGAGAAGGAAAAGCAGAAAGAGGCUAAAUUGAAAGCGAAGUUAGAACAACAGAAGAUGAAGGAAGAAAUAAAGAAAUUUAAAGAACAACAAAAGUUGUUGAAAAAAUCAAAUGCAAAUGUCGUUAAGACAGAAAUUUCCAAGACAAAUGAAAUCGCUACAAAAGUUAAAAAAAACAUCAGUGAAAAAAAGCCCAUGUCUAAUGAUUCGAAACUGAUUCAAAAUUUGAAUUUAAUGGCACAAAAGGAUGUACACGUUCGUAAUUUGAUGGACUUGGUGGCAACUCAUAAUGCUACUCCCGUUCAGAUAGAAACUUUCAGGAAGAUUAUUGAUAUAGCAAAAUCGAUGCCCAGUGACUUAAAAUCGCCUGGACCCUACAUCCCCAUUGUUUCAACAAGAGCUAGACAAGUCCUGAAAAAAACUGAGACAAAGAAAGAUGAAGACACGAAAGCUUCUGCUUCUCCAUCUUCAACUGCGCUUGACACUACAGGAGAUAAAAAUGAUCCACUUACUAUGGAAAAGGGAAACGUUACAGAAACCAAUAACUCGAAUACAACUACAGAGGAAAAAACUGAUGAAAUCAGUAAAAAUAAAACGGAAGUUGAAGAAGAAAAUGAACAAAUUGAAGAAAAAAAUGAUUCCAUUAAAGAGUCAGAGGAAAUAGAACCUUCAAAGUCAUUUAAAGGCUCGGCGGAUGGAGGCAAAAAUGAUAUUAUAAGUGGCAAAACGAACGAUCCAGUAAAGAAAGAGGAGGAAAGUGAGAUAAAGGUUCCAAAAAAAGUUAAGAAAAAAAUUGAUGAUGAGGAUAAAUUAACAGGUUUCCAACAGAAGUACGUCGAUGAAUCGCAACUGAUUCUUGAAUUUUUGGAAAAUAAUAAUGCAAGAUUUUACAUGCCUAAGGAUUCUAUAAUAGAAUAUGACGCUGAAAAUGAAAAAUACGUAAUAUCUUGGGUUUUGAUUCAUAAUAGAAAGGAAAUUGAGAAAUUUCUCAGAAAGCAUACAAAAAGAGAUAAUAAGUUAACAUUCAAUGACAUUUUAUUUUAUGAUGACUGUCCUACUCCCUUAAUAAAUCCAAUGACCGUAACAAUAUUGGGUAUACCGAAACGUUUCAAUCAAAUUGUACUAAAUAGCGUGAAUCCCAUUGAAAAAGUACAAGCAGUAAUGAAAAGGUUACUAGAAAUUAGUACGCGAUUAUCUGACUACUAUUUAUGGUACCAGUUAGACGGUUAUGAUGAUGCCAAGCUAUCAGAAAAAUUAAGAAUUGAAUUAAAUGAAUAUGAACAAUCCUUAAGACCUAAGAAGCAGAAAAAGAUUGUUAUAUAA